GAAACCCACACAAACCAUUUUUUUACUCUCGUUUCUCUCCCUCUCUAAAUUUGGAACUUCGGCAGUGGAAGAAGAAAACAAGCUGAGAGAGCUUCAAUUGUGUCUCUGAUUCAAGGUUGGGAAAUGUAGAACUUUCUGCUCUUGGUGUUGUAUUUAUCAAAUUGGGUGGUUUCUGAAAUGCACCGUGUGGGUAGCGCGGGCAACACAAACAGUUCUUCUCGCCCUCGUAAGGAGAAGAGGUUAACAUAUGUGUUGAAUGAUGCAGAUGACAGAAAGCAUUCUGCAGGCGUAAAUUGUUUGGCUGUAUUGAAGUCAUCAGGAACUGAUGGGUGUGAUUACCUCUUCACUGGGAGCCGUGAUGGCACACUUAAAAGAUGGACUUUGAUGGAAGAUGCAGCUACCUGCUCUACUACUUUUGAGUCUCAUGUGGACUGGGUUAAUGAUGCUGUCAUUGCAGGUGAUAAUACGCUUGUUUCCUGUUCCUCAGAUACGACCCUUAAGACGUGGAACUGUUUGUCUGAUGGAACGUGUACGAGGACUCUCCGUCAACACUCUGACUAUGUUACUUGCCUUGCUGCCGCAGAAAAAAAUAGCAAUAUUGUUGCCUCUGGGGGCCUUGGAGGAGAGGUUUUCGUAUGGGAUCUAGAAGCUGCACUUGUUCCACUCUCAAAGUCAGGUGAUGCAAUGGAAGAUGAUUGUUCAAAUGGUGUCAAUGGUUCAGGGAACUCCCUACCGAUGACCAGUUUACGUACUAUAAGCUCAAGCAACAGCAUUUCUGCGCACACAAGUCAGUCCCAUGGAUAUGUUCCAAUUGCUGCCAAAGGCCAUAAGGAGUCAGUUUAUGCAUUGGCAAUGAAUGAUAAUGGAUCACUUCUUGUCUCUGGUGGAACUGAGAAGGUUGUUCGUGUUUGGGACCCAAGAACUGGUUCAAAGACUAUGAAACUACGAGGGCAUACAGAUAAUAUUAGGACUUUGCUUCUGGAUUCUACUGGCAGAUUUUGCUUAUCAGGAUCUUCGGACUCUAUGAUCAGACUCUGGGAUCUUGGCCAGCAGCGAUGUGUGCAUUCCUAUGCUGUGCAUACAGAUUCUGUUUGGGCACUUGCCAGCACUCCAACAUUUAGUCAUGUUUAUAGUGGUGGAAGAGACCUUUCUUUAUACUUGACAGACUUGGCGACAAGAGAGAGUCUUUUGCUCUGCACAGGGGAACACCCCAUUCUGCAAUUGGCUUUGCAUGACGACAGUAUAUGGGGUGCGACUACUGAUUCUAUUGUCAAUAGAUGGCCUGCUGAAGGAUGUAACCCUCAGAAGGUCUUUCAAAGAGGUGGUUCUUUCUUAGCUGGAAACUUAUCCUUUUCCCGGGCAAGGGUUUCCUUAGAGGGAUCUACCCCUGUUCCUGUUUACAAAGAACCAACACUUACCAUAGCUGGAACUCCUGGAAUAGUACAGCAUGAAAUUUUGAAUAAUAGAAGGCAUGUGUUGACUAAGGAUACUGCUGGUUCAGUCAAGCUGUGGGAGAUCACCAGGGGCAUUGUGGUUGAGGAUUAUGGAAAGGUGUCAUUUGAGGAAAAAAAGGAAGAGUUAUUUGAGAUGGUAAGCAUUCCUGCAUGGUUCACAGUGGAUACCAGGCUUGGAAGUUUAUCUAUCCAUUUGGACACCCCACAAUGCUUUUCGGCUGAGAUGUACUCAGCUGACCUUAACAUUGUGGGGAAACCUGAGGAUGAUAAGGUUAAUCUGGCUCGAGAAACCCUUAAAGGACUCUUGGCUCAUUGGGUGACCAAAAGAAAGCAAAGAUUUGGAACCCUACCUUCAGCCAAUGGUGAUGUGUUACCUGGGAAGGAUAUUAGCCAUAGAAGUCUUGUGCAUUCAAGAAUUGAGGUUGAUUCUAAUGCCGACAAUGAUGCCAUGGUGUAUCCUCCAUUCGAAUUUUCAACUGUUUCCCCUCCUUCCAUAAUAACUGAGGGCUCCCAUGGAGGUCCAUGGAGAAAGAAAAUUACCGAUUUGGAUGGAACCGAAGAUGAGAAGGACUUUCCUUUCUGGUGUCUGGACUGUGUGUUAAACAAUCGCCUACCUCCCAGAGAAAAUACCAAGUGCAGUUUUUAUUUACAUGCAUGUGAAGGUUCAUCUGUCCAGAUCCUGACACAAGGGAAACUAAGUGCACCUCGUAUAUUGAGGAUUCAGAAGGUCAUUAAUUAUGUCGUAGAAAAGAUGGUCCUUGACAAACCCUUGGAUGGUGGAAAUCCGGAUGGAACAUUUGCUCCUGGACUGGGAGGGCAGUUACCGCACUCAGUGGUUGGAGAUGGAUCUUUUCGGUCUGGAUUGAAGCCUUGGCAAAAGCUGAAACCCUCCAUAGAGAUAUUGUGCAACAAUCAGGUCUUGUCCCCAGACAUGAGCUUAGCCACAGUACGGGCUUAUAUAUGGAAGAAAUCUGAUGACCUUGUUCUCAAUUAUAGAGUGGUCCAGCCCAGGUGACUCAUAUGACAUCCAGGAGAAGGUGAUCUUGUGCUUGUGUAAAAUACUGGGAAUAUGAUGAUUCUUCACGGGUGCUUACAGUGAUCGAAGUAAUAUCAGGUUUGUAAAUUUGGAAAACCAAUUGGUUGCCAAGUAUAGCUGCAUUCUUCAAAUGUGAGAAGUUUCCGGUUUGCAGUUUCCUAGUUGAACAGAUGGUAUUAUUUGUCUAGCCAGCAGGCAAACUUUCAGUGGAUGUUGCACAAUUAUAAUGGAGCAGAGUCUGCAUGCAGAGCAAUAUUAGGGUUUUUGACUCGAGCAGAAUUAAUGAAAGUGCCCUUGGAAUUUUUCUGAGGAGCUAAAUUUAGGGAUAUUAUGAUGUCGAAAGCUUUGUAGAUCUGUAGUGUGGUCAACAUACCUAGUCACAGAAACUCUGUUGUGAAGGUUAUAUUUUUUUUUUUUUAAAAAAAAAAAAAAAAAAAUUCCUUCUGGAAAUAAAGCAUUUUCCUUGUCUCA